AUGGUUAAAGGAAGAAAUAUCGUUCGAAGGGAUUGGGGAAGAGGUGAGUAUUUAAAGAUGAAACAAAAUUUAUUAAUCAUUAAAGAAAGACAAAUGCAAUACCUUGUUCAAUGCCACAUUCAUAUGCAUGAAGACCGUGAAUUAUUUGCUAAAAUCCUUGAACUUCAAAAUAACAGUAGAAAAGAAAAAGGAUGUAAAUCUUAUUUUGUUUGUCAAGAACCUACUAACACAACACAUUAUAUAGUUAUUCAAAGAUGGGGAAAUAAGAACCAAUUUGAAACUCAUUUAAAUUCUUCUCAUUAUAAGAAAUUCAUUGAGUAUGUCAAAACAGUCACUAAUACUCCAAUUACUUAUGAGUAUUUUGACACUAAUUAA